CUCGCCUCGUCGCACCGCCCGCGCAUCUAAAAUUCGAGCUCUUCCCAGCUCUUCCCCAGCUCCUGUUAUUGUUGACAUUAUCGUUGCCAUCCUUCGUCGUUGCUGUCGAUUGGCAGUUGGGCUCCCCUCAGCUUCUUCUCCCACCCGGAAGCCAAGAGCGACAGGGCAGGCAGGCAGGGCAUCCAGUGGCCGCCCCCUGGCCAUCGGCAUCGGCAUCUGCAAGCUGCUGCAUCAGCGACACUUGCAGCACCACCCGCUCCAUCUCUUCUUUCUUUCUUCCUUCCUCUCCAGAUAGUGAAAUUCACUUCACAGCCUGUGCAAGUGAAUUUCACUCGUCCGAUCCCAUCUCGACCCUUCCUCACCCCUCCUGCUUCUUUUCCUCCUCCCGAGUAUUUUAACCGCCAAGAACCCUUUCUCACUUUUUUGUGUUACCAUUCCCCCUGCUGCAAAACACACAGACGACUGCAGCUAAUACCACGCUAACUACACGCGGUCACUGUGUUCCCCCCCCCUCCUACAAACCCGUCCAAGUCCCGCCGUACCGACUGAUCGUCAUGAAAUCCAGCUUAGCCGUCAUCUAAUCCUUCCACAAGGACGGUUAGACCAGAAAGCUUCACAGCCACAGAGUGCCAAGACCUGGCCCAUUCACUUUCCUCACGCAAACCUACGGCACCAUUCUUCUCUUACACCACAUCGCCGCCCCCCCCCCCCUUUCGGGCUGAUGUUUCAACUGGUUUGUCGUUAAAGCGGAGGACAACUGCCUUCCACUUCACUCGCCUUCACUCAUCCACAUCAUCGCCUUCACCACCGUCGCGAUCUGGGUGAAAUGCUCCAAGACACGCGCGGCUGGCUGCUCGCCCAGCUCCGGGCAGCCAAGCCCUCUUUUAUAUCCAAGAAGCCGCACUUCAACUUCAUCUCGGCUCACUACUUUUGGAUUUGCGGCCUCACUAUGCUGGGCUCAAUCCUGAUUUAUGCCUCCGCUGGCGGCCAGAUGCCCUACAUCGACGCUCUCUUCUUCGCCAGUGGCGCCAACACCCAGGCCGGCCUCAACACCAUUGACGUCAACCUGCUGAACACGUUUCAGCAAAUAUGCCUGUAUUUUUUCACCAUGACGUCUAACCCCAUCACCAUUCACUCCUCGGUCGUCUUCCUGCGGCUGUACUGGUUCGAAAAGCGAUUCCAGGGCGUCGUCCGCGAAGCUCGUCAACGGAGGAACACCAUGUCCAAGUCCAAGUCCAGGGCGAGGGACGAGUUGAGCCAGGCCGAGAGAGGCCGUCUGAGCGUGCGCAAUAUCAAGGUCAUGCACACGAAUGGCCACCGCUCCAGGAUGACCAACGAUGGCAUCCUGCUCGACAUGAAGGAGGGCGAGGACGGUCGCAUAUCGCCGGGGAGCAACGGCUUCGUUCCCAUCACCAUCACGCCGGCACAGCACUCUCCCAGAGACCAGACGCCGGACAGCGCCUCGGAGCACAACGAAAACGACGCCCAUAGUACGGAUGUGUCGCAAGGUAGGAUCACCUUUGCUCAGCAUGUCUUCCGAAGCGACGGGACGGAACCGGAAGUCAAGCUCCCGCCGCCUCAUUCUCCUGCCCACUUGGCCAUCCUCGAGCGCCAACGAAACGGUCCUGAGGAGACACUGCGCAUCCCGAACCCCCGGGAUGCCGAGAGGGGCAUGAAGCCCAAGCGGGUUGAGGACGACGCUGCCCCAGAGCCCGAGGACGAAAGGAGUAACAGCGUUCCGCAUACCAAUGCUGCGACUGGCGGAGCGAAUGACUUGCCGGAUGCCAUCGGCGGCAAUGGAGGCCGACGGCAGACAAUUAAAAUCGCCGAGCCUGAACGUCCGAGGGAGCCCGAAAGGAGCGUCAAGGACGAGAUUGCGGAGGAGGCCGAGGUGAUUGGUAGAACAAUCUUCCCUUUCGCACUGCGCAAGCCCAGGCUCUUUCAAAAGGACGACAAGAAGACCCACGAAGACGGCGACGGCGCCCCCGAAAAUCCCAUCGCCAGGGUCAGGAGCCGUACCUUUGAUACCAUCAGGACCGCAUUGACCCGCGAUAAAGUCGAGGACAUGCCGUACCUGAGUUUCACGCCCACGAUGGGCCGCAACUCCGCCUUCCCUGGCUUGACGCUGGAGCAACGCGAGGAACUGGGAGGUAUCGAAUACCGGUCUCUGAGGACACUCGCCGUGAUCCUGCUGUGCUACUUCUGGGGAUUCUCAAUCUUCGCCAUCACUUGCUUCCUCCCGUGGAUCUACACCAGCUCCAACGCCAAGUACGCCAGCAUUGUCGAGUCGGCCGGCGUCAGCAAGGCUUGGUGGGGGAUAUUCACGGCGAACUCGGCGUUCAACGACCUGGGUCUCACCCUUACGCCCGACAGCAUGAACUCAUUCAACGACGCGUCGUUCAUCCUGAUGAUCAUGUCCUUCUUGAUCAUCAUCGGCAACACCGGCUUUCCCAUCAUGCUCCGCGUCGUCAUCUGGAUAUUGUCCAAAAUUGUGCCAAAGCGUACCGGGCUGUGGGAGGAACUACGCUUCCUCCUGGACCAUCCCCGUCGCUGUUUUACUCUGUUGUUCCCAGCAGGUGCUACCUGGUGGCUCUUUAUCAUUCUCAUCGGUCUGAACGUGCUCGACCUGCUGUUCUUCGUCUUGCUGGAUCUGAACGAUAAUGCCGUGAGCCACCUACCGGUGCACGUCCGCAUCGUGGACGGCAUCUUUCAGGCCGCGUCCACCAGAACGGCGGGUUUCUCGGUUGUCAACAUUUCGCUGCUGCACCCUGCCGUGCAGGUUUCGUACAUGAUCAUGAUGUACAUUUCAGUCUUUCCGAUUGCCAUCUCGAUCCGUCGCACCAACGUGUACGAAGAGAAGUCUCUCGGCGUGUACCACAGCCCCGACGAAGACAUGGAAGGUACCAACGAGAACAGCGCCUGGUCUUACGUCGGCACCCAUUUGCGGCGCCAGCUGUCGUUCGAUUUGUGGUAUGUUUUCUUGGGCCUCUUCAUCCUGGCCAUCACGGAAGGCCACCGGAUCCAGAAGAAUGACUUCGACGUUUACUCCGUCCUUUUCGAGAUCGUGAGUGCAUACGGCACGGUUGGACUCAGUCUGGGGUACCCCAACGUCAACGCCUCGCUCUGCUCGCAAUUCACCACCGGGGGCAAACUGAUCAUAAUUGCGAUGCAAAUUCGCGGACGACACCGUGGUUUGCCUUACGGCCUCGAUCGUGCGGUUCUCUUGCCUAGCGAGUCUCGAUUCGAGAAAGAGGCCGAAGAGGCGCAGCCAGUCCUGGUCCGAUCUGCCACUGCCGCGUCGACUGGAACAGCACUCAGCGCGACUCGAUCCAAUUUGCGGUCGAGAAGAAUGAGCACAAACAGGGGUCAAGGAAAUCUCAUCACCCAGUUCCUUCACCCAGGACCCAUGAUUCCUCACGAGGACAGCCUGACGAACCUGUCAAGACGAAGCAGGUCGUUUGGCACCGAUGACCAUUCUCAGAUGGGCAACAACAUGAGACGGCGCAACACCGAGCCGGUGGAGGACGACACCACGUCUAGCGACAGUGAGACGGCGGCGCCUCCCCGGAGGGUCUUCACCACGCCGGCACGCUAGAAGUUGCCGCAAUGGACGGCCGCGGAACGGCCGGUCCCGGAGGAACAAAGAGACGGAGACAUUGGACGGAGUUUGGGAUGCUAGCGGGAAAAGGAGUUAUCGGAUCAAAAUCUUUUUUAUUCUCUGGCGCGGCGGCUAGUUGGUUUUUGUAAACCCAGGAUGGGCUAGACGGCUCAGGCUACAUACUUCUCGACGUUGGCGUUGCACACUUCCUGGACAUUCUUAGGACACCGUACACUUUAUGACGAAUCAUGAACUUUUACUAUGCGCUGAACUCCGUGUACCGUGAACUGACGGCGGGUUCGGCCUGAACCCCCCCCCCCCCCCCCCCCCUUCCCCUGAAAACGCCGGCGAAACCGGGGGGGGGAGGCGGUUAUAUCGGCCGAUCUCAGCAGCGGGAUAAGACGCGUUGUUCAUUCGGCCCAAGAGCGAUGCUGAUAGAUAAUGGAACGGGUAACCCGGAAUGUGAAAGAUAAUGUGUUCAUGUACAAGGCUCUACAAGGCCGAUAUUGUACAACUCGCCCAUUUUCUACUCGUACAACGUCCUGACGACCCAACCCCUUUUUCACCAGAAGUGACGCCCUCCCCACCUCGCACCCCUUUCGUUUCCAAAAGCAAUUCGCGUCUCCCCC